AUGGCGAGUUCAACUACGAAUUGCACCAGCGGUUCUAGACAAUUUAUUGAUCCAUUCGCCAACCUGGGCAACCUCUUCGAACAACCGAUGCCUAGACCUAGGUCUACGGUUCCAACCGAAAAUGUACCGCGUGUUUCUCCAGCCCACAGUCCUAAUCACCAACAGGCUUUUCAAGGAAAUGAUUUUUAUCGAAUGGGCACUGGCAUCCCAGAUUACCCAGGCACCACUGCUACCUCCGGAGGGGUGUUUUUUUCCGAUAGAAGCUGGAGCACUACGGUAGGACCUACAUCGUCUCAUGCCUCUGCCCAGGGCGCUCAGGCCUUUCCUGGCCCCACCUAUAGCCAAGCACCUGCUGGUGCAAAUCAAGCAUCAUCCGAUUUUGGCGAUGUUCAUACCUCCGCCUGGCAGCAGGUACCAUCUUUUUCAGCGUCUGCUGGAAAUGCUGGUGGACCUUUUGGUACAGGUCUUGGCGCUCGUCUGGGUGCCGAUGCUUUUUCCGAUCUACUUGGUGGUUUUGGAUCUGGGGCUGACUCUUUUUCAGGAGGCUCUGGCCUGCCAAGUCAGCAUAGUUUUACAGCAAAGACGAUUCGAGAGCUGCAAAUGGAGAAGAUGGCUAAAACUCUGGAUCCAGAUACGAUGAAGGUAAAGCAAAUAAGAAAUAACGUGAAUUGGCGCAUAAGACUAGUCCCCUCUUCCUCCGUAGUAUCCUUCCCUUAUCUGCCUGUCUCAGUGAUUUCACGCCAUCGCUGCCACCGUAUCCGUGCUACUCAAGGCGUUAUGUUCUACACUCUGCCUCGAGCCUUUGAUUGCACGAACUCCUACUACUUAGGUGGUCCUAUAUUCACCUUGGCUCCUAAAGCGAAUACAAAUGUUUUGCCAAUUUUUACUUCAUUUGCUAAGGUAUUAUCCUGGACGGAAGGGAAACAGCGUAACCUUCGAUCGUUAAUAUGCACCAUGCCUUCAGUGCUAUGGGAAGGAGUACGCUGGAAGCCUGUAUCUAUGUCGGAGUUAAUGACGUCCGAUCAGGUGAAAAGGCAAUAUAGGAAUGCGGCCAGAGCUGUCCAUCCGGACAAGUGGAUGAAUACCGAAUACGAGAACAUCGCUAGGCUGAUCCUAGUUGAGCUUAAUGAUGCCGUUGCCGAAUUGGAAAAGGAAAAAGUUUUGGGCCUCUGA